AUGCUCUUCAAUCCUUCUUUCAGUGUCGAAUCCAAUCCCACCUACGAAUACUCCAUUUGCCCCGACAGCUUUCUCGUUCCUCUCUUCACAAGUCUCAUACUCUUCAUUUCUGUGAUCUUGACUGCUGCAUGUGCAUUGGCUAUUCUGUUCAAGAGAAAGAGUGGACAUGUGGUGGCCCGAACUCCUUUCAUGAUGAUGUCCACUCUCUUGUCGAGUUUGGCAUUCGUGUUCAUUUCCUCCAUUCGAUAUCUUGUGGGGAGAAAGGUCUUUCCGUGUGCCUUGUUUUCAUUGACUUGGUUUUUAACGCAACCAUUGGUGACUUUGCCCACCAUGCUGCGUUCGUUGAGAUUGUUUGUCAUGUACAAGUUGAAUUUGCUCAAGACUCUUCGGAGGAGAAAUUCGACUUCUCUUUCUACCUUUCAUCCCUUCUCGGAAAAAUUGAAACACCCUCAAAAGACCAAUGCAAUCAACAAGUCUUCCGCUAUUAUUAAUACGACCAUGAAUAACCACAACAACAACAACAAUGGGGCACAAGUCCAUCUUCAUUCUGAGGUUCACACAGCCACUCCUCGUUCUGUCAAAUUUCAAAUAACAACCACUGAAAGGGUAGAACAGGAACCACAACAACAGGAAUCAACAACAACAGAUCAUCAUGCAAAUCUUCCGCAUCCUCUCAGUGGUCUCAAUAACAAUGAAUUCUCUUGGAAUGAUUCCAUUUCGGAUUCCUUUGAUUCUGUCUCUGAAAUUGCUUCCAAUUAUGAACCUUACUCUUUAGAUGACAAGGAGUUACGUCAUUUAAGAAUUUUGCAAUUCGUUUCAAGUCACAAAUUUACACUUCUUCUCUAUUCGAUAUGCAUUUCAUGUUCUUUGGGUUUGUGGAUUUUAUUGGGAGCCAUCGAGGAGGGAAUUCACACAACCAAUCCAUAUCAAAGUGUCAUUGUCGAUGACGGAGGAUUGUUUUUAUUUUCACAUGGAUGUAUUACGAAUGCGAAAGGGGUUGGAAUAAUUGUGUCUCAAGCUGGAGUGUAUAUUUUAUUGGAAAUUGUAACGUUGGGGUUGUGUAUGUUUGCAGAUAAGGACACUUGGAGAAUCAAGAUAGAGACCUUUGUGGCCGUGGUUUUUCAAGUGCUUUUUGUGAUUGCUUAUGGAUGCUCCCUAAUUAAUGGAUAUGCAACUUUGUUGGAGUUCAUUUUUCCAUCGGGAAACAUCAUGACAACACUCACGCUCGUUGAUGUGUUCAUCUGUGUUGUUUUACCUCUUUGCUAUGCCUUCAUUUCAGAUUAUAAGAAAACUCAACUUGCAGAAAUUACCGAUAUUGAGAAAGUGUUACGAAAUAAGAAAUUAUGUGGCCAAUUAUUAGAAUUUGCAAGAAUGUCCUAUUGUCCAGAAAAUAUUCUAUGCUAUAAAGAUAUUGUAAUUUUUGAGAGAAUGAAAAGUGCAUCAGGGCGUAGAAAAAUGGCCUCUUUCAUUCUCAUUAAUUAUCUCUAUGAGAAUUCUCCACUUGAAUUGAAUAUUCCUAAAAAAGAAGCUCGAGUCGAGGAAUUGAAAUUAAUUUUGGAAAAGAAGGAAGUUCUCGAAAAGACUCAAUUGAAAUUUAUCAAAAUGCAUUGCUUGACCAACAUGAAAGACAUUUUUGAGAGAUUUAAAGAACAUUAUCCAGAAGUGAUUCAAUUUUUGGCUCAACAGAAGCAAUUCAUGACGCAACAGUAG